AUGGUGAUGCCGUAUCUUCCGUCAGAAUUGGUAGAGGAAAUACUCUCUUGGGUUCCGGCCACAUCUCUUACAAAAUUACUAUCUACUUGCAAACAAUGGAACGCUUUACUCAAAGACCAAAGAUUCACAGCAAAGCAACUACGUAGAGCUCCAAAGCAGCCUCAAAUUCUCAUGUUGAAGGAAUAUAGGCUUUUUCCAACAAGCGUUGAUGUCAACGUUGUUCCUCCGUCUUUAGAGCUUAAAGAUGCACUAAGCCUAAAGGAUCCCGAUUCUAAUAAGCCAUCAAAACAAGUCCGUAUAGCCGAAGUUUAUCACUGCGACGGUUUGUUGUUGUGCAUCACCAGGGACAGUAGAGUUGUGCUGUGGAAUCCGUGUUUAGGGGAAACCAGGUGGUAUUGA